AUGGUAUGGACUGGAGGUGACAUGUUUGAUUCCCAAAGCAUGCAGAGCAUGGGUGAAAACUUUGGAUUUAAAAUUGGUACCUUGAUCUGUUUGGACAACCUUUGGCAACCCAAAUGUAGAGAAGAACUUUACCAGAGCCUUGGUGAUGACAGGAAGGUGAUUUUCCUCAGGGUGCUGGUGUGUGGAGACUGUCCCUCCUCUAAACUCUCGGUCCUGGUUCUGGCUCAGAGGUUGGGCUUCAGGGCGGUGGACGCGGGGGGUCUGUGCGCGUCCGGGGCCCUGGAGGAGGCGCCGCUGCUCCUGUUCCCGUCCUGGAGAGGUCCUCUGCUCGCCGCCGCGACCCUCUUCACCUUCUUCUACCUCUACACCGCCCUCAAAAACGUCCUGAUGCCCUACCUGGACCGCGGGGAGAACAACCUGUACCACCUGCCCCUGGUCACGGUGAACCAGGCCCUGCCCGCCGUGGCCCUGGUGACGCUGGCGCUGGUUUAUCUGCCAGGUCUGUUGGCGUCUGUGCUGCAGCUCUACAGAGGCACUAAAUACAAGCGCUUCCCCGAUUGGCUGGACCGGUGGAUGUGCGCCCGGAAACAGCUGGGGCUCCUGAGCUUCCUGUGCGCCGCCCUCCACGCCGUCUACAGCGUGUGUCUGUCCAUCCGCAGGGCCUCGGGCUACAUGAUCCUCAACGCGGCGUAUCGACAGGUAAAGGCAGGUGUAGAAAACUCGUGGGUGGAGACGCAGGUCUGGAGGUCGGACUUGUACCUCUCCAGUGGAAUUCUGGGACUUGGAGUUCUGUGUGUGUUGGCCCUGACCUCGCUGCCCUCUGUGGGACACGCGCUGAACUGGAGGGAGUUCACUUUUGUACAGGUCAGACAAGAAACAGCUCUUAACCCAUUGACGCCGGAUGCAGCGCAGCGCUGA